AUGACGCUCCACUGUAUGCGGCUUUUUCUCUUGCUUUUGCUUGGUUCCUGGUGGCCAGACUCAGAGAAGCAUGUGGUGGGAGCUGUGAAGGUCAGGGAGCACUAUAUAGCUGCUCAGAUCACUAGCUGGACCUACAAACCGGCAUCUGAGGAGAAGUCCAGAUUGGAACAUACAGAUCCUGUGUUUAAGAAAAUUUCUUACAGAGAAUAUGAAGUGGAUUUUAAAAAAGAAAAGCCAGCAAACGUAUUUGCAGGACUUCUGGGACCAACUCUGCGUGCUGAAGUGGGAGAUACUUUAGUAGUUCACCUUAAGAAUAUGGCUGACAAGCCAGUCAGUAUUCAUCCCCAAGGCAUAGUUUACAACAAAAAUGCAGAAGGCUCCCUGUAUGAUGACAGAACAUCAUCUGCAGAAAAACGAGAUGAUGCUGUACUUCCGGGCCAGGUCUACACAUACGUGUAUGAUAUAACAGAAGAUGUUGGUCCAAGAGAAGCUGACCUUCCUUGUCUUACUUAUGCGUAUUAUUCUCACGAGAACAUGGCAAUGGAUUUUAACUCUGGUCUGAUUGGAGCACUGCUUAUCUGUAAGAAAGGAAGCCUAAAUGAGGAUGGGUCACAGAAACUUUUCGACAAGGAGUAUGUACUGAUGUUUGGCGUGUUUGAUGAAAACAAGAGUUGGCAAAGAACAGCAUCACUCAAGUACACAAUUAAUGGCUAUGCUGAUGGAACGUUACCAGAUUUAGAGGCUUGUGCAUAUGACAACAUUAGCUGGCAUUUGAUAGGAAUGAGUUCCAAGCCAGAAAUUUUCUCCAUUCAUAUCAACGGCCAGUCCAUGGAGCAGACACAUCGCCGAGUUUCUACUGUAAACCUAGUGGGAGGAGCAUCAACCACAGUAAACAUGACAGUGACUGAGGAAGGAAGGUGGCUGAUAUCUUCUCUUGUCCAAAAGCACCUGCAAGCUGGAAUGCACGGUUACCUCACAAUAAGAGACUGUGGGGAUAAAGAGGUGAAGAAGAGUCGUCUCUCCUAUAAAGAACGUCUUAUGGUCAAAAGCUGGGAAUAUUUCAUUGCUGCAGAAGAAGUUACUUGGGAUUAUGCCCCAACUAUUCCAGACAGCCUUGAUAGACACUAUAAAGCACAGCACUUGGACAACUUCUCAAAUCUCAUCGGUAAAAAGUAUAAAAAGGCUGUCUUUAGGCAGUAUACCGAUGCCAGCUUCACUAAACGUCUGGAAAGUCCUCGUCCCAAGGAAACUGGAAUCUUGGGCCCUAUUAUCAGAGCUCAACUGAAUGACAAAGUCAAAGUUGUAUUCAAAAAUAAGGCCAGUCGACCCUACAGCAUUUACUUCCAUGGAGUGACACUUUCAAAGACUGCAGAAGGAGCUGAUUAUCCUCUGGAUCCCACAAGCAAUGCCACCCAGAGUAGAGGAAUUGAACCAGGGAAGACAUACACUUAUGAAUGGAAAAUUUCUAAAACGGACCAACCAACUGCACAGGAUGCGCAAUGUAUUACAAGGCUAUAUCAUAGUGCUGUAGAUAUUGAGAGAGAUAUAGCCUCUGGACUGAUUGGCCCGCUUCUGAUUUGUAAGAGUGAAGCAUUGACACAGAAGGGUGUUCAGAAAAAGGCAGAUGGGGAGCAGCAGGCAGUGUUUGCUGUGUUCGAUGAGAACAAGAGCUGGUACAUAGAGGAUAACAUCAAGGACUACUGCAGCCACCCUGCCAGUGUUAAAAGGGAUGACCCCAAGUUCUAUAACUCAAACAUAAUGCACACAAUAAAUGGCUAUGUGUCUGACAGCAGUGAAAUCCUUGGAUUUUGCCAAGAUAAUGUGAUUCAGUGGCACUUCUCCAGUAUUGGCACCUAUGAUGAGAUUGUCUCUGUUCGCCUUUCUGGGCACUCCUUUCUGUAUCAAGGGAAAUAUGAAGAUGUCUUGAACCUUUUCCCAAUGAGUGGAGAAUCGGUCACAGUGGAAAUGGACAAUGUUGGUACUUGGCUCCUAGCAUCCUGGGGUACCCCAGAGAUGAGUUAUGGCAUGAGGCUGAGAUUCCGAGACGCCAGAUGUGACUAUGAGGAAGAUUACACAUUUGAUGUUGUGGAUUUCACUUACACUAAGACUGAUAAAAAGGCUGUUUCUGCCUCAGUUGAAGAUGAUGUGCCAGAAGAUCAGGAGGAUUUGGAUUAUCAGAAUUACCUGGCUUCUUUUUACUCCAUCCGGAGCUUAAGGAAGGCAACAGGUGAUGAAGAAAAACAAAACCUUACAGCACUGGCCUGGGAACAGUAUGAAGGCACUGAUGCUAUGAAUUCUGAGGUGGCAGCUGUCUCUGGUCUGAGAGCUAUAAAUAGGAGUGAAUCCACAAACACCUCUGUGUUCUUAGAAACUCAUGUCACUCCUCUUCAGCCCAUUGAGGCUGAAACAUUCCAGUCAAAUCACACAUCACUCACAGCAGAAGAGGACUUAUUUUUAGCUAGCACAAGUGAUGGGAAGGCUAACUUGGUAUUUGAGAACAGAAGCCAAAGCAAUUAUGAAAUAGAUCACAGUAACAUGUCUGCAGGUGAACAUUUGCUGAGCAAUGGGGAAAGCCAAUUGGAUGUUGCAAGAGAGCUUCCAACUGAUGGAAAGGACAGUAAUUUUUUUUCAGAAAAGCAUCAAGAGGAAAGCCCAGGAAGAGGAAAUUAUAAUGUUAACAGUAAAAGGAAAAGGCGAAACUCACUGGCCACUAAGUUUUACGCCGUCCAAAAGAUGAAGACCCUUCUAAAUCAUGUACGACAUAAAAAUGUCUCCUUUUUUGACAACACAAGUGCAGCUCAUUCUGUGCAUCAUUCAGAGAACACAUCCGAUACAGACAUGGUGGGAACUGGUCAGCUCCCAAAUGAUUACGAUGAUGAACUGGAAGAGGAGGAAACCAAGAUGGAAAAUGCCAUGCGUGCAGUUAACUUGACGCUUGCUUUGGACCUCAUGGUAGGAGAUGGGUCUAAUGCAUCCAGCCUCUCUGAACCCAAGCUAUCCAAAGAUGAACAAGCAAACGCUUUUUCUUUAGAUCGUACAUUAGGCAAUAUAAGUCCUAAUUCCAGCCCUGCGCUAGUGAAGAACUUAGUAGAAGCAUCAUUACCCAGGGCUGGGAAAUACUCAUCUAAAAUGACAAACGAGGAAUGGAAUUUGGUGUCUGCAAAGGAGAGUCUGGGGUUGGAGGCAAAUUUAGACAAAUCUGUUAGUGGUAAGUUAAAUCAUCAUGGCAGAAAUGGUACAGCAUUCAUAAAUAAGAUGCACAUGAAGAAAUAUCGAGGGUUCUUAUAUCUAAUGGGAGAAAACCAGAAAGGGAGCAUGCACCCAACUCUGAAAGGAAAGGAGAGGAUCAAGAAUGGUACUUUGAGUACCAUCAAGAUCCGAAGGAAAAAAAAGGAAUAUCCAAAAAUGGCUCACUUGCUGAGCCCAAGGAGUAAAAAGCCCCAAAAUAUCAUCAAUUCUAUGGCAGGGUUUGGCCGUACGUUGUUGCCAGGUGAGACAAACUACACGACACUGCCAUGUUGCACUAACACCACAGGGGCACCCGGUGAGGCCAACCAUACAGCGGAUCUGAGUAGAGCCAGGCGUGGAGAGUUGCUAAAUGACACGCUUACCCCACGGCAGUUUAAGCCAUCGAUCGUGAUUGGGCUUCCCCAAGAAAAUGGAGACUAUGAGUAUUUUACGGAAGGAUCUUACGAUGAAGAAACAUCAGGUGGUGAAUAUGAAUACCAUUAUGUGAACUUCGAUGACCCAUACAUGACAGAUCCAAAAGUGAAUAUCAAUGAACAACGUAACCCAGACAACAUUGCUGAACAUUACCUGCGUAGCAAAGGGAAUGAGAGAAGAUACUACAUUGCAGCUGAAGAGGUCUGCUGGAACUAUGAAGGACAUAAAAAAAGUAAAAUGAUGAGUGACAAAACCUGUAAAGAUGGCAGCACAUAUAAGGUGAUUUUCCAAAGUUAUACAGACAGUACCUUUACAACUCUUCAGGAUGAAGAUGAAUAUAAAGAACACCUUGGCAUCCUGGGGCCAGUUAUCCAGGCUGAAGUGGACGAUGUUAUCCUAGUUCAUUUUAAGAAUCUGGCAUCCAGACCAUAUUCCCUCCAUGCUCACGGGCUCCUCUAUGAAAAGUCCUCUGAGGGAAGCUUUUAUGAUGAUGAAUCUACUCCUUGGUUUAAGGAAGAUGACAAAGUUCAGCCAAAUAACAGCUAUAUAUAUGUAUGGUAUGCAAACAGGCGAUCAGGACCUGUGCAGUCAGGAGCAGCUUGUCGGUCUUGGAUCUACUACUCCGAUUUAAAUCUGGAGAAAGAUAUUCACUCUGGUUUGAUUGGGCCAAUACUGAUCUGUCAAAAAGGAACCUUCAGUAAGUCAGACAACAGCAGAACAUCAACGCGAGACUUUUUCUUGCUUUUUAUGGUCUUUGAUGAAGAGAAAAGCUGGUACUUUGACAAACGUUCUAGAAGGCCUUGUACUGAAAAGACACAAGAAAUGCAGCAAUGCCACAAAUUCUAUGCCAUUAAUGGGAUUAGCUACAAUUUGCAAGGCUUGAGGAUGUAUGAAGGUGAACUGGUCCGAUGGCAUUUGCUGAAUAUGGGUGGGCCAAAAGACAUUCACGUUGUUCAUUUUCAUGGACAGACCUUCAUAGAACAAGGAAAGCCAAAGCAUCAGCUUGGUACAUACACACUCCUUCCAGGCUCAUUCAGAACAAUUGAAAUGAAACCACAGAGACCUGGCUGGUGGCUUUUAGACACUGAAGUGGGGGAAUAUCAGCAAGCAGGGAUGCAGGCAUCCUAUUUGGUUAUAGAGAAAGAGUGCAGGAGUCCAAUGGGUCUAGCAGGUGGAGUUAUACUCGAUUCACAAAUCAGCGCUUCAGAUCAUAUAGAGUACUGGGAACCCAAGUUAGCCCGAUUAAACAAUUCUGGAACAUACAAUGCUUGGAGCACUACAAUGAAAGAACAACAACUCCCUUGGAUCCAGGUGGACUUUCAAAGACAAGUUCUGUUAACUGGAAUACAGACGCAGGGAGCCAAGCAGUUUUUAAAGUCCUUGUACAUCCAGAAGUUUUUUAUUGUUUACAGCAAAGACAAACGGGUGUGGAGCACCUUCAGAGGAGACAGCUCUCCAGCACAAAAGAUUUUUGAAGGUAAUUCCGAUGCCUAUGGGGUAAAAGAGAACAACAUUGAUCCUCCUAUUAUUGCUAGGUACAUCAGAGUCUACCCAAUCCAGGCCUACAACAGGCCUACGCUUCGCAUGGAACUUCUGGGCUGUGAAGUAGACGGUUGUUCUUUGCCACUUGGAAUGGAAAAUGGAGACAUCAAGAAUACCCAGAUAACAGCCUCAUCUGUUAAGACAUCCUGGUUUAACACAUGGGACCCUUCACUUGCUCGUCUCAAUCAGAAAGGAAAGAUUAAUGCCUGGCGAGCCAAGGUGAACAACAACCAACAGUGGCUGCAAAUUGAUCUCCUUACAAUUAAAAAGAUAACUGCUAUUGCUACCCAGGGGGUCAAGUCCAUAACUGCUGAAAACUUUGUGAAAACCUAUGUUAUCCUAUACAGCGACCAUGGCUUAGAGUGGAAAUCCUAUACAGAUGGUUCAAGCUCAGUGGCAAAGGUUUUCUUGGGUAAUGAAAACAGCGACAGGCAUGUCAAGCAUUUCUUUAACCCACCCAUCCUGUCCAGGUUUAUCCGCAUUGUUCCAAGAACAUGGUAUCAUGGUAUUGCCCUUCGGGUAGAACUCUAUGGCUGUGAUUUUGGCGGGGGUCUGGCUGUGAAAAGGACUGACAAGUCUGGGAGCUCUUAA